UUGCAGCAGAACAUGAAGCACUACAAAAUAAACAAGAAAAGAAAUUAAAUCAACUCUAUCUGGAAGCCACACAAAGAGAAAUAAAUCAAUUCAGAGAACAAGUAAUAGGAAAAGACAGCAGUAUGAAAACAAAUUAUAAAUACAUUUUCAAAUUAACAAAACAACAAACUGAUGAACAUAUUCAAGAAAUUGAAAAAGUCACAAAUAGAAAAAUAUUGGAAGCAGAAACAGCUGAAGAUAAAAAAGCUUAUCUAUACAAAACAAUAUCUGCAUUAACAGAAACAAAAGAUGCUAUUCUUUGGAAAAAUAGAGACCUGGUAAAAGACCUAGAAGAAGAAUAUAAUUAUGCAACUAAUCAAGUAUUAAACUUAAACAGAAAAGAUUUUGAAGCAAUGCAAAAACAAUACCAAGCAAAAUAUAGAGAACUAUUGAGAGUAUCUCUAGAAAAUUUAGAUAAAAUGUAUGACAAUGAAGACGAAGAAAAGCAAAUGUUCCAAGAACAAUUACGAGCCAGAAGAAAAGGCUUAGAAUUAUCAGAAAUAUUACCAUCAAAACAUCCAUAUCAUGAAGAAUAUUGA